CCUAUCGUGGCGUCUUCACGGGGGGUGAGCGGUUCACUCUUCAGGCGGACGUUGCGAGGCAGCAAGAGAACCUACUGACAAGUUAUCAGUCACUCCAAUGGCGGGAUGCAUCCCCCUUUGACUUGGGAGUGCUCGGCGGCGGGGAGGAGGCGCACAUGAACAUUGCGCGGCAGGAGGAGACGCAGCAGCUCCGCAUGCACCGGGAGUGAACCCACGCAGGGAGACAACGCGGACCCACCGUCACUUGCCUCAUCCGUUUUUUGCUCACAUUUACCCGCGUUUUGGAUAUUCUUUCAUUUAUUGACGAAUCGAGCGCCAAUUGACUUCGCAGCGAGGACAGGUUUGGUCAGCGAACUCCCGCCAUGACGUCUCCGGCCAAAUUCCGCAAGGACAAGGAGAUUGUGGCCGAGUAUGAAACUCAAGUGAAAGAGAUCCGUACCCAGCUGGUGGAGCAGCUCAAGUGUCUGGACCAGCAGUGUGAGCUCAGGGUGCAGCUGCUGCAGGACCUGCAGGACUUCUUCCGGAAGAAGGCGGAGAUCGAGGUGGACUACAGCCGCAACAUGGAGAAGCUGGCCGAGCGCUUCCUCACCAAGACGCGCAGCACCAAGGACCACCUGAUGAAGAAGGAGCAGAGCAUCCUGUCUCCGGUCAACUGCUGGAACCUGCUGCUGCUUCAGCUGAAGAGGGAAAGCCGAGACCACGCCACGCUGUCCGACCUCUACCUCAACAACAUCAUCCCUCGCUUCGCGCAGAUCAGCGAGGACUCGGGACGCCUCUUCAAAAAGAGCAAAGAGGUUGGCCUGCAGCUGCAGGAGGACUUGAUGAAGGUUCUCAAUGAACUUUACUCGGUGAUGAAGACCUACCACAUGUACAACACCGACAGCAUCAACGCCGAGUCCAAGCUGAAGGAGGCGGAGAAGCAGGAGGAGAAGCAGAUGGGGCGCUCCGGUCGCCAGGACGACCGCCAGACGCCGCGCUCGCCAGACGCCCUCGCCAGCCUCAAGGCCGACGACAAGCCCAUCCGCCGCUCCAGUGUGAAAAAAAUCGAAAAGAUGAAGGAGAAGAGACAAGCCAAGUACACGGAGAACAAGCUGAAGGCCAUCAAGGCCAGGAACGAGUACCUGCUGGCGCUGGAGGCCACCAACAGCUGCGUCUUCAAGUAUUACAUUCACGACCUCGCAGACAUCAUCGACUGCUGUGACCUGGGCUACCACGCCAGCCUAUACCGCGCCCUGAGGACCUACUUGUCCGCCGAACAGAACGUGGAGACGUCCAAGCACACGGGUCUGGAGACCCUGGAGGGGGCGGCUGAAAGCUUGGAGCCCAACGGGGACAAACAGAAGCUGAUGGAGACCUACAACAACGUCUUCUGCCCCCCAGCUCGCUUUGACUUCCAGUCGCACAUGGGAGACACGAUGGGAGUGGUGUGUGCACAGCAGCCACUGGAAGGUGAGCUUCUCCAGCGGUGUCAGCAGCUUCAGUCCCGACUCUCCACGCUGAAGAUCGAGAACGAGGAGGUGAAGAAGACCAUGGAAGCCACGCUGUCCACCAUACAGGACAUGGUGACGGUGGAGGACUACGACGUGUCUGAGUGCUUCCACCACAGCAACAGCAUGGAGUCGGUCAAGUCCACAUUCAGCGAGUCCUAUCUGAGCAAGCCCAGCCUCGCCAAGAGGCGCGCCAACCAACAAGAGACGGAGCAGUUCUACUUCACGAAGCUGAAGGAGUUCCUUGAAGGCAGGAACCUCAUCACCAAGCUGGAGGCCAAGCAUGACCUCAUCCAGAAGACCAUAGGAGAGAGUCAGAAGACCGACUGUUGCCUUGCCAGUGGACGGAGAAACUCGGCUCUACGGAAACAGGAAUCAGGCGAAGCCAUUCCACUGAUGGUGGAGAGCUGCAUCCGCUUCAUCAGUCGCCAUGGUCUGCAGCAUGAGGGCAUUUUUAGAGUGUCAGGCUCUCAGGUGGAGGUCAAUGACAUUAAGAAUGCCUUUGAGCGAGGUGAAGACCCAUUGGCGGGGGACCAGAACGACCACGACAUGGACUCUAUCGCCGGUGUCCUCAAGCUCUACUUCCGAGGGUUGGACCAGGCCCUUUUCCCCAAGGAAGUCUUCCACGACCUCAUCUCCUGCGUCUCCAUGGAGAGCCUGCAGGAGCGCGCUGUCCACGUGAAGAAAGUGCUGCAGGCGUCGCCCAGCAAAACACUCAUCGUCAUGAGAUACCUGUUUGCCUUCCUCAACCAUCUGUCCCAGUACAGUGAGGACAACAUGAUGGACCCCUACAACCUGGCCAUCUGCUUUGGCCCCACCCUGAUGUCUGUCCCUGAGGGCCACGACCAGGUCUCCUGCCAGGCCCAUGUCAACGAACUCAUGAAAACAAUCAUCAUCCACCACGACGCCAUCUUCCCGGGACUGCAGGACCUUCAGGGCCCCAUCUACACCAUCCCUGGAGCUGGCGAGGACUUCUGUGACAGUCCUCACUGUGAACCCCCCCUGGUUGAAGAGCCGGCGCCCGACACCGUGUCCGUCAGCCGCCACAGCGACGACGCAGCUCUAACCGACUCUGCAUCGCUCUUUCUCUUCUGGUUUGUCGCCACCCCGUCUCUGUCCACCGUCCUCUCAACUCCAGGCACCUUGGCUGUUUCAGAGUCGGACCCGGUGGAAGCCAUCGCCCGCUUCGACUACUCCGGCCGCACCAGUCGCGAGCUGUCCUUCAAGAAGGGAGCCUCUCUGGUUCUCUACCAGCGAGCGUCCGACGACUGGUGGGAGGGCCGACACAAUGGCGUGGACGGACUGGUGCCACAUCAGUACAUUGUGGUCCAAGACGUGACUGAUGGAGGAGGAGGCAGCCCAAAACCUGACAUGGACGCCAGAGACCAGCUGGAGGGCAGAGUUUCCACUCGAGGCAGCGCUGCGUCACCCACUGGAGCUCACGUGGCUGAUAUCUACCUGGCCAACCUCAACAAGAUGAGGAAGCGUCCAGAGUCCGGGAACAUCCGAAGAACCUUCCGGAGCUCAGACAGCGAUAGCUCAGGAGCCAGCGGAGGGGUGAGGACCGCGUCCCUACCUGUGGGUGGAGCGCUGGUGAAGGAGGCUACGGACAAACGUCCGGUCAGCGCUCACAGCAUCCUCAACUCAAUCACUCGCCACUCCUCGCUGAAGACCAAGGUGGACAGCCCUCAGCUGCGGAAAACGACGCCGGCAGGACGCUCCAAGAGCUUCAGCAACCACAGACCUCUGGAGCCUGAGGUCAUAGCGCAGGUGGAGCACAGCUCACAGGACAUCGAGGCGGCCAUGAGCUCGGCCCUGACUGAGCUGAGGGAGCUGGAACGUAAGAGCACCUCCAAGCACACCCCCGACGUGGUCCUGGACACACUCGAGCAGCUCAAGGUCGUGAGCGGAGGCGGCGGAGGAGGAGGCGGAGCCUCGGAGCCCUCCAGCCCGCUCCACUCCCGCCUGCUGCGCGACGGGGGCCCCUCCCACGCCCACCCGCUCCAGCGCAGCGCCUCCUCCGCCAGCGACGUGCCCUCCUCCUUCCGGGCCGCUAAGGGCCGGCCGAGGAGCCCCCUGCCCUCCGCAACCUCGCCCUCCCUCUCCUCCUCCUCCCUCUCCUCCUCCGUGCCCUCCUUCCGGGAGCUGCGUCCGCCGGCCACCCGGCCCAAGCCGGUGGUGUUCCCGAAGAGCGCCGGUUCGGCCACAGGGUCCCCGACAUCCGCCGUGCCCCUUACGCCUCCUCCUCCGCCCGGGGGGCACACACACUCCCUCCCCCAUGCGCCUCCUCCUCCGCCUCCUUCCCAGUCCAGCGACAAGUCCUGCCCGGCCUAGCACCUCCUCACUUCUCGCACUUAGUCCGGUGGACUUCACGCCACUCCUCAUGUUUCUCACCUGGGAACACCUGCUGCUUUUCAGUGGGCGGGGCCAAAAUGUUCUCCACCUUUUUUUUUUGUUGUAUCAUUCUAGCGAAAAGGGACUGUUUGGGUCCUAAAAAGAGGUCUGGUGAAAUAAAAACAGUCUUGCUGCUGGACGUUUGAAAGACUGGAUGCAGAAGAAAAGUGACAACUCUAAAUAUAGCAAUAAUACAAGCUGCUGGUCAUUCUGCUGCUUUUCUCCUGCAGCUCUUCUUCUGGGAGUCGGGGUCCACUGAAAGCCAGCGUUUCCUUUUUUGUACAUGUGAUGUAGGACUGUACACACACGUGUGCGUGCGUGUGCGUGCGUGUGUGUGUGUGUGUGUGUGUGUGUGUGUGUGUGUGUGUGUGUGUGUGUGUGUGUGUGUGUG